AUGAACACAACCACCACCGUCAUGACGAUGAUUCAAGACGACGGAGGUGAUGAUAGCAAUAGAUGCGAGUUGUUGGGACCAUUCGCUUUGUUUGUUCAAGCAGCCCUUGGAGGCAUGGCGCUUCUAUCGCUGGUGUGGAAACGAUCUCGAGAAUCCCCGCAACGACCACUGAAGAUAUGGUGGUUUGACGUCUCUAAACAAGUUUUUGGGUCCGUUUUGGUACACAUGGCGAAUAUCGUGCUUUCCAUGCUCUCCUCGGGUACAUUCGGCAUAGAACCCACGCCAGCUGGAAUGCUCCCUCCUCCUCCGGGUUUCCCGCCCCCUCGGGGCUUUGGCCCACCCCCUCCAGGCUUUGGUGGCCCACCCCGCUCCCGCCGUGACUUUGGCGGCCCACCUGAAGAUGACCCAACGUACCAUCCUAAUCCAUGUAGCUUUUAUUUAUUGAAUUUAGGUAUCGAUACUACAAUCGGCAUUGCAAUCCUUAUAGUUAUACUCCGCGUAUUACAUACCCUUUUGGCUUGGUCACCAUUUGAGUUUUUCAAGAGAGGAAUAAAUUCAGGUGAUUACGGCGAUCCGCCCAGAUGGUCGUGGUGGCUGAAACAAGCCAUCAUUUACUUUAUGGGAUUGAUGGGAAUGAAGUUCGUUGUGUGGAUCAUAUUUGCCCUUUGCCCUUGGUUAGGCCAUGUCGGUGACUGGCUACUAGCCUGGACCGAGGGUAACAAAAGGCUUCAGGUUUUCUUCGUGAUGUUUUUCUUUCCCUUGGUCAUGAACGGUGUUCAGUACUAUAUCAUCGAUUCCUAUAUCAAGAAGAAGUCCGAUAAACUUGGAUGCGACGAGGAUAUUGCACCAAUUCCUGGGUCCCUAUCAAAUCACCGUCGGUCCUUUGAUAGCGCAGGCGAUAUUUUCAAUUCAGAUGACGAGGAAGCCAAUGCGGAUUCUCGAAGCCUUCUAAGACCAUCCUCCCGCCGUUCCCGCGGAACCGAUAAAAAGAUGGCAUAG